ACCAAAAAAUAAAAGAAAAAAGAAGCAGCAGUUUGGCAAGUCUGCUGCUGCAAAAGAUUAUAGUGGAAUGAGCAUAGGAUAAAGAUGCAAAGGAUGUAAGAGAAUGUGCUGUCGAGCAUCCGCAUCAAUCAAAAUUCCCUUCCUUCUCCAUAAAUAACACGAUUUUAGUGCUCAAUAGAUAUAACAUUAGGCCAUUUUUUUUCUUAAUUUUUUUAAGUAGAAGUUAUAAGCUUUGAGAUGGUGAAGUUUUCAAAGCAGUUUGAAGGGCAAUUAGUCCCUGAAUGGAAAGAGGCCUUUGUGGAUUAUUGCAAGCUGAAGAAGGAGAUCAAGAAAAUCCAUUUCCUAAACAAUCUUGACACAAACAGCAAGCAACCCAAGGCCUCUUUUCCCCACACAAUCAUCUCGUCUUUGAGAAAAUACGCGUUUCUUGAGCAUAACCAGAGAGAUCAUGGGGUCAUUCAUGUUCACCGGAAGCUUGCAGCAUCGGAUAGCAAGGGGGACAUGUAUGAGACAGAGCUGCUCGAACAGUUUGCUGAUACUGAUGCUGCAGUGGAGUUCUUUGCAUGUUUGGAUCAUCAGCUUAACAAAGUGAACCAAUUUUUUAGGACAAAGGAAAAGGAGUUUCUUGAGAGGGGUGAUUCUUUGAGGAAUCAAAUGGAGAUUCUCAUUGAACUCAAAACCAUGCUACAACAAAAGCGCGGUAAAGGCCCUUCUUCUGCAGAGGAAUCUAAAGAGGAUGAUUCUGUUUCAGGCACCAUAUCAUGUGAUGAAGAGGUGUCAGAGCAAGGUUUGGAGAAUUCUAGUGAUGAAGUAGACAAACUUGGAGCUGAAUUCUCGGACUCUCCGAGGUCAGGUGAAGUAGGGAAGCCAUGUAAACUCAAGAAAAAGGACAGAAAAAUGAGGUCUUUUUCAGACAGAACUGUGAGCUGCCGUGGAAAGAAUCUGCGAAUCCACAUCCCUCUAACAAAUCCAACACGCACGUUCUCAGCUAUCUCGUACCUUCUCUGGGAUGAUUUGGUAAAUCAGUCCUCCAAAAAAUGUGGUGUGGACGGAAAUAAGUUGCACAUUAACAAAAAAAAGUUGCAUCAUGCAGAAAAAAUGAUCAGAGGAGCCUUCAUUGAGCUCUAUAAAGGAUUAGGAUACCUCAAAACCUAUAGGAAUUUGAACAUGCUUGCGUUUGUAAAGAUUUUAAAGAAAUUCGACAAAGUGACAAAUAAACAAGUUCUCCCAAUUUACCUAAAAGUGGUUGAGAGCUCUUAUUUUAACAGCUCAGACAAGGUUUUAAAGCUAGCAGAUGAAGUAGAGGAGCUUUUUGUGAAAUAUUUUGCUGAUGAUAACAAAAGAAAGGCCAUGAAAUACCUUAAACCGGCUCAGAAAGAAGAGUCGCAUUCUGUCACAUUUUUCAUCGGGCUUUUCACUGGUUGUUUUAUCGCGCUUUUUGUGGGAUACAUUAUCAUGGCACAUAUUACUGGGAUGUAUCGACCUCAAUCCGAUGCUAUGUACAUGGAAACAGUGUAUCCAGUCCUUAGCAUAUUUAGCCUCCUGUUCCUUCAUUUAUUCCUCUACGGAUGCAACAUGGUCAUGUGGAGAAAGACACGUAUAAACUACAACUUCAUCUUUGAACAGCCACAGACGAAAGAACUGAAGCACAACGACGUGUUCUUGAUCUGCACAACAUCAAUGGCUGCUGUGAUAGGUGUCAUGUUUGUUCAUCUCUCCCUUGUAUCUAAAGGCUACUCAUACGCUCAAGUUCAAGCCAUUCCCGGCCUUCUGCUUCUGGCAUUCAUCAUAGUUUUAGUUUGCCCCUUGAACAUAAUGUACAAGUCAAGCCGCUACUGUUUCCUUUCUGUGAUAAGAAACAUCGUUUUAUCGCCUCUCUACAAGGUUGUGAUGCUGGACUUUUACAUGGCAGAUCAACUCUGCAGCCAGGUACCGAUGCUCAGAGAUUUGGAAAACAUCGCGUGCUACUACAUAACAGGGAGCUACAAAACUCAAGACUACCAAUACUGCAUGAGAACCACCUACUACAGAGACCUCGCCUACGCGGUUUCAUUCCUACCAUACUACUGGAGAGCAAUGCAGUGUGCAAGAAGAUGGUUCGACGAGGGGCACACAAGCCACCUGGUGAACCUAGGCAAAUAUGUGUCUGCAAUGGUGGCUGCAGGAGCCAAAGUGGCGUACGAGAAGGAGAAGAGCGCGGGGUGGCUCUGCCUCGUUGUGGUGGUGUCAAGCGUUGCAACACUCUACCAACUGUAUUGGGAUUUUGUCAAAGAUUGGGGCUUGCUGCAGCUCAACUCAAAGAAUCCAUGGCUCAGAGAUGAACUCAUGCUUAGGAAAAAGUUCAUCUACUAUAUCUCAAUGGGAUUGAACCUCAUUUUGCGGCUAGCAUGGCUGCAAUCGGUGUUUCAUUACAAUUUUGGGAGAGUAGACUACAGAGUAACCAUGCUGUUUUUAGCAGCACUUGAGGUUGUAAGAAGAGGGCAAUGGAAUUUUUACAGAUUGGAGAAUGAGCAUCUGAAUAAUGCAGGCAAAUUUAGAGCGGUGAAGACAGUGCCACUUCCAUUCCAUGAAGUGGAUGAUCAAGAUUGAAUAUUAGCUUAUAUUCCUACAUUCUUAAUUAUCCAACUAGAAAAAUCAGAAUAAAACUUUCUUGCAAGUUGAUGAUGAUUGAUGAAGAAUAUUGUCUCAACUGUAUUUCUUUUCUACUGUUGGAUUAUAUUGAAUAAAUUUAUACCUAUAAUUUUAGAGGA